GUCUAACCUCCUGCACAUGUCAGGCAGGCCCAUUUUGGUUAGAUCUAGCUUUGUUAUCAAGAUAACAGAUGAGACAAUGGUGUUCAGGUAGUUUAUGUGGCUUUCCCAAGAUUACAGAGAAAAUGUAACAGCUAGAACUGGAAUCCAGAUCCUCUGCCUCCUUUUCAUAUCUCUUUCCAGUUGCCCAUGUCUCUACAAACCACCAAAAAUAAGGAUAAAUCUUUGGAGGGCUGUGCCACUCUCCUACCCCACCCCUCCACUCCUAUCCCUACCAAACAGGCAAUGCUUGCUGCUUCUUUCUGCAGAGACUCGAAGCUUUACAUCACCCGUUGGUCAUAAAUUGUAACCCUAUGAAUUCUAGUUGCUUCAAGUAACACCUUGGUGAGUAAGGAGAAGAGAGUAGCCUCAGCCUAAUAGCUUACAGGGUUAGCAGAAGGGCAGUCCCUUCAACUGGUGAAAAUUUAUAGAGAAAUCUGGAAAUUAUGAGACAACAUUGCAGAAAGUCCCCAAAGAGAUUUUACUAACAAGACAGGCUGCGCCUCAGCAAUCUGCCCAUCUAUGAUUUAAUUUCUCCACCAAGUGCUCCUUAGCCCACCCAGAAUUUCUGAAAGAAGCAGAGUUAAACCCUUCUCUGGUAGGAUUUGUUUUUCGAGGUUGACCCCCUAGGCCAAAACUUCUGUCUCCUGGGAUCCAUUCUGAAUUAAAUUUGUCAUUGAAUCCUGCCCAUGGAGUAUCCUUAACAUAAGCACUUCCCCUCCGCCGCUUCUAACCUCGGUGUCAACACCAAUUCUAAUUCAAAGACUGGGGAGAAAUAUAGGGAGAACACCACAAAACUUAUUGCCACCAGGAGAAUAUGAAGACACAAGUUUUGCUUGGCUGAAAGCGAAGAGAUGAGACGGGGAAUCUAGCUGCUCGGAGUUCCUGUGGUCUUUAAAAUGUGUCGCAGCAACACACCUUGCCUCUGGACAAGAAAAGACGUCUAAGGACAGGAAAGACGCUGUGCUCUGGCUUUCCUUGGAAAGGCUGAUAAAGGGCAUAGUCACUUGAGCUGCCUCCCAGAAUGGAUGUCACCUGCCUGCUCCUGGCCACCCUGUUGGUCUGCCAGUGCUUCCUUGCUUCCUAUAGCCACCUGGCACCCGAGGAGAAGCCCAAAGAUGAUAGAAGACUGAGGAGCAAUUCCUCCAUGAACCUGUUGGAUUUCCCUUCUGUCUCUAUUGUGGCGCUGAACAAGAAAUCCAAACAGAUCAGCAGAAAAGAAGCUGAAAAGAAGAGAUCUUCCAAGAAAAAGGCUUCGGUGAAGAAGGCAGCGCGGCCCCGAUCCCCGCCGCCAGCCCCCUGCGUGGCCACCCGCUACAGCUGCAGGCCGCCGGCGCCCACCUGCUGCGACCCCUGCGCCUCCUGCCAGUGCCGCUUCUUCCGCAGCGUCUGCUCCUGCCGCGUGCUCAACCCCAACUGCUGA